GUUCACCAGCCUUGCAUCGCACUUGUGUGUCGAACCUGCGAAUACAAAUCGGAGAGAAGAAGACGACAGCAGCAUCAUGCAGUUUCAUGGCUUCUGGUACGUUUCGAUUGGUUGAUGGGCUCGGGGUGCCGUGUCUCUCGGUUGGGUGGUUCUGUCCCUGACUCGAUUUGUUUCUKCUCGUAUUGUUUUGCGCUCGCGUUGCACCCUCUAGUUCGUAUCCACACGGUGGCUGGGCCAUCGCCGGCCUCAUUGUUUCGUCCAUCUGCGCCCUGGCCGCCACCAUGUGGGGGAUGGCCUCGUGCCGGAUGGUAUAYAUUGACUACACGACCGACCGCGGAGAUUUUAGCGACUUYUUCAAGGACCCCACGGCCGAUGGAGAUCCGGUCCUGCAGCGGGUCGGUGCCGGACUCUUUACCUGGCUAGUUCCGUACGCCGACGACAAGAGCGGAAACCGGAACACGGACUGGACCUACGGGCAGUGCGCUGGCUUUUCCGAGAGCCAGAGGGCAUUUUUCACCGACGACGUGUUCGAGGUGGCGCGCAUUUUCGCCGUGCUGUCCGUCCUGGGYGGGAUGGGAUCGGUCCUGGCCGUCUUCUUUUUGUCGUGCAUGUCGCUGAGGCGCUUCCAGAUAUGGAUGCUGAGCACAAUACUCGGGCUGAUCCCUAUUUUUGUCGGCCUGACCUUUAUCGUGCUGCAAUCGCAGCUGUGCAACGGGCUGACRACCUACCAGGACGASUCCUAUGAAACGACCUGCACCGUMGACCAGGGCGGCCUGGUGAUCGUUGCAGCGGCUAUUUUCUGGACCGUGGCCUUUUUGAUCAGCGUCGUGUACAUUAAGGAUCCGAAGUGGGACGUCGGCAUCCGGGACGGAGAAAUCACCAACGCCUUUGAGAUGAGACAGGAGGAACGCUAUCGCCGGGAAAAGGAACGAAAGGAAAAGGCACAGCGGAAGCGGGAAGAAAGGCAGCAACGACGUGUCAACCGCCGAUUGAAGGGAGACGGCGACGUGAACGAUUUGCACCUGGAUCAGGACAUUUCCGAUCUGGACGACGACGGGGAGGUGUAGGCAGAAAGACGCGAGGCAAAAGAAAUAACUUCUUKGGAUAAUUUGUGACAAAGACGACGCAAGAAAAAGCUAGAUUUGCA